CUCAAGAUGGAGACACAGUUCAAUUAAAAAUUAUUGGAGAAACAGGAAAUUGCGACGGAGCAGAAGCGCGCAUCAGACAUUGCAUAGUAAGCUUUUUUUUGUAGCUAUAAUGAUAAGGUUUAAAUUUUUAUUUUUAACAUAUAAUCAAGCAGAGAUAUGAACUUGCUCUAAAUUUACAAUUUAAGACUGUCCAUAAAGAGGUAUUGCUGAGAAAUAAACUUGGAGGCGACACGCAUUUUGUUUGCUUCGCUUAUCAAGAUGAGAAUGAAAGGUUUUGUUUAAAACCGGGUGGAAUUGCUCCUAAAUUGGAUGGCUUCAUUCAAGGGCAAAGAUAUAGAAUCGAGAUUAACGAUGAUGACUAUCAUGGUCAGGUACCGUAAAUGUAAAACAAAAUCUUACAGCUACUUUCUCUGUCACUAUAAAAUAUACUGUAUAAGCAUUUCACUCUUCAAGCGUAGAUGGGUACAACUCUCGUAGUUUUGAAGUAAUUUUCGUCGGAGUAGUAAUUUCAAUUUAAUAAUGAAAGACAUAAUACUUACAAUCUUAGAAAUAGGGAUACUGAUUUAGCACCACCUAUGCCGAAAAAGAAUUCGGCAAGAGGUGCUUCAAUUGUAAUGGUGCCUUGCAUUGAAAUAAUCUUUCAAAUCGAUAUUAAGACAAAGAAUGAGUUGAAAUUUGCUUGUGUGUAAUCGUGCAGCUAAAAUCACUUGUAUUUUUUUUGUUAUAUUUUGUAUUUCUUGUAAAUAGUUAAUUUUUUGUAGAUAGGUAAUUUCACGCCCCUCAUGGAAACCACCUUUCCAACGGCUGUUGAGGCUUGUGUGGUUUAAAGUUUUGUAUUUAUGUAUAUAAGUAAUGUAGGAAUUCAUGUACUGCAUAAUUGUGAAACUAGCAAGUUUUCCAAUUUAUAACAAUUAAUUAAAGCUCAACGUUGAACGAGAUUCAUAAAUGCGCGAUACAAUUAAUUAUAGCCACGCUAGUAUUGUACAUGUCUGUAGUAUUUAUUAUACAAACAAAUUGCACAUUAGCCUGCUUGCGGCUCAAAAUUGGGACUGAAAUUCGACCAGUGUCAUUGCUAAUAAAAUUAUAGAAGCGCAAUCGUAUUUACACGAAAAUAACUAAUGCUCAUUGAUAUGUUAAACAUAUUGUUCAAUUUACUGGACGUCACGAUUUUCCCAAAGUUGUACAUUAAUUACCUAUAGUUAGGCCUAUUUGGAUUUAGAAAAAAUAUAUAUAUAUAUAUAUAUAUAUAUAUAUAUAAAUAUAUAUAUAUAUAUAUAUAUAUAUAUAUAUAUAUAUAUAUAUAUAUAUAUAUAUAUAUAUAUAUAUAUAUAUAUAUAUAUAUAUAUAUAUUAGAUAAUAAUAAUGUAGGCCUGUUAUAUAUAUUAGAUAAUAAUAAUGAAGGCCUGUUCCCAACAAUCAUCUGUUUGCCUAAUUCACGUGGUACUAAUCAUCCUUCAUGCAUGCACCUCUGUCUUUAAUGAAUGUGACUACACAAUAGCGAGUUAACCUCCUGUAUAUUUCAGAGUGAGAUCAGUGAGAAAACUGUCUCGGAAAUUAAAGACCAUCUAUUGACGCCAUUACAAAAUUUGCAAAAGUUGAGGGAUGAGGGCCAAUUGAUGGCUGAUUUGUGGUGUCAUUUUGGAAAAGUCCUCGUUUCAAGCGUUGAUGAAGGUAAUAAAAUAUUUGAAGAGUAUAAUGUUAUGAAUGAAAGAGAUUUCUCUUCUUAAAUUUUUUGGUCAUGUUAGUUAGACCAAAGAUGACAACAGACCAGAAAUUUUGUUUUUUUGUCAAGUUCUCUUGGCAAGUUUACUUUCUUGUGUGUACGCGGUCAACACGCUUUACGUGACAAAUUCUCAAUGAGAAGUUUUGUUGCUCGUGUGCAUGGAAUUUAUUGUCAAAACCUUUAUCUCACGUCAAGGCCGCCGCCUGUUGGAAAUGGAACUGUACAAAAACAUUAAAAGGAUUUAUUUCAGAUAUUGUACGAAUUCUUUUGAAAUGUGAUCUUCUGGACUUUCUACCAGAGUAUAAUACUUUAUCUGAACAAUUUCCAAGCAAAUCUGCGUGGACAAUAACUGUCAAAAACAGAUACUCGAGUACACUGCAACAAUCUUUGGCAAGGAAAAAUAUGUGCAUGGUCAACCAGUGGCGUAACGUUAUAUCAGGGGGCCCCCGGUUCAAAAUUUUCGAAGGCCCCCCUAGUAGAAGUGCUAAAGUCACGAGUUGAGCGCCGUAUAUGCACAGGUUUUCUAGGGGGUCCAGUGCAUGCUCAUCCGGAAAAUUUUUGAAUCUAGACUCUCUGAAAUGCCAUUUCCUGGACUUUGGGGAGAGAUUUUACAGAAUUCUGUUGGUCAGAAAACGACAUUGUAACAUAUCAGAGAGGCCCUGGCCAAUGUUUUUGCUCUAUCGCCUAAGCUUGGGGGCCCCCAUUUCGGCCCAUUGUGGUUGGGGCCCCCGGGUUCUCCCGGUCUGAGCCCAUAGUAGUUACGCCACUGUGGUCAACUAAAGAUUUAUGCAGGUUAUUAGCUAAAACAAAUUCGGGUUAUCUAAAACAAAUUAAUGAUGUUUUAAGAUUACUAUAUGUGGAUCUUUCAAAAUCAAAGGAAAACGUGUGAACAAACCAGAAACUUAUUGAGACUGUUGUGAUAUUUGUAGUAGCAAUUACUUGAAUCCUGUAAUGCAUGCAUUACAUUGUAUUAAUAUAUAAUCUUCGUUCACUGUACAAAAUACACGCACGCCAUUGGUCAAAAUCGAUCACGUGUGUUUUUGUUACCUGGCAACAACGAAUUCUGCGAGUGCAUUAUUGACAAUAACGCAUAAAAAACGUGCAUUAUUGAAAAUGGCUUGCAUUAUUGACAAUAACGCAUAAAAAACGUGCAUUAUUGAAAAUGGCUUCCCGCAAGGCUGUCGGUUCAAGGUUUACACAAGUCAGUGAAGACGAAAUUAAUCAAAUUGUACAUAAUGCAGUGUCUAAAAGUAUAAAAAGCCAAACAAACUGGUGCAUUGUCAUCUUUCAAGGUAAAUAAACGAAGCAAAAACUGACUUUUCACGAUUUUGACGCGUGUAAAAUUCCUGCUUAAAAAGUCUAGUCGGGUUUUUCAUUGUAUUCGUUGUCUUGUUUUAAAAACAGUUGUACGCAAUUAUAUUGCAAUGUACUUAAAAUUAGACUAUUGGUAAAAACUGAUGAUGAAUUUGUGUUAAUAAAUGUACUUUUCCAAACUGCAAUUGCUUUGUUUUAAUUUAAUUUAAUUUUGUUUUGUUUUGUUUUGUUUACAAAAGGCGUACAGUAUAAUUGCAUGCAAGCAGUGAACUCAGAUAAUAUAUUAAAUGGGUUAGAGACUUUAAGUUCGUGUUUUGUUUACAAAUACAUGCACUUGCUGACUGUACAAUGAACUCGAAAUUUUCAAUACUGCACUCGGCUUCGCCUCGUUCAGUAUUGAAAAUUUCUCGUUCAUUGUACAGUCAGCUCGUGCAUGUAUUUGUAAACAAAACACUCACAUCAGUCUCUAACCCUUAAAUAACACAAGCCAGUCAAUUAGAGAGCGGAACUAUGGGAAUGGAUAAACGAUAUUGUGCCAAUUGAAAUGACAGUACAUCUAGCAAGUUUAACAGACAUGGAAUUUCUUUUAGUUAUAUUAUAAGUAAAAGGUCAGAGGUAUUAUGUGCAAACUAUAGACACAUGAACGCAGUUAUUACCAAGAUUUGCAAACUAUGUUUCCUUUUGUUAUACAGGGUGUCCCCAAAAAAGUGACACUAUAGAAAAUAUUAUACCUCAAAUUCAAAUUGUCCAAUCAGGAAACUUAGUUUGUGCCACGUGAGCAUGAAAUUAAUCGCGAUAUCACGCCUUACGUCAUCAAUUAGCGAGCCUGCGUUCCUUUUGACAAUGUUCCACCCCAUGUUCCCCGGGGAACAUGGGGUGGAACAUUAUUCGCGUAGACCACGCGAGACAACACGCAUGACAACAACAUGGCCGACAAAAUAUAAAUACUAUUAAUGAGUGAUGAAUAAUUCAAUUUUAAACGUAAAACCUGGGGCUUUUUCAAAAUUUUGAAGCAAACUUUGAAAAAUGUUGUCAUUAAUAUUCCAAACGAUAUGUGACUCGAAAGAAAAGCGACGAUACUUAAUCCGAAAAUAAAACAUCGUAUUCACGAAGCCGAAGGCGAAGGUAUGUGUCAAGUUUUUAAUUCUCGACUUGGAGGCUUUUAAUUUUCGGUAUAAUAUAUCAUUUAUAGACCCUCCGCUCGGGGGAUUCGGGGAAAUAUUACCCUCAGGGAUGAUAUUUCCAAAUAUCAUCACUUCGGGUAAUAUUUCCCCGAAUCCUCCUCGCUCCAGGUCUAUAAAUGAUAAUUAUCCUAUUGUUAUAAUUUGAAUACCCUAGCAUUAAGUUGAUCCCACAGGUGCAUAAACUUCUGCUUCUGGAAUUUAAAAUAAAAAAGCAAACCGUUUAUUAGUGUAAUCGUUUUGCUUGACUCGGGCGUUAAAAUAUUUGGACAAAGCGAAAACGUUUUAAAAUGCUUAAAUGUAAAUACAAGUUCAUUAAAUUCCCAGGCGCGCGUGUAAUCAUGAGCGUUUAAGAGCGGCUUACAAACUACGAGAUAAUUUCUAUAGUGUCACUUUUUUUGGACACCCUGUAGAGUACGAUUUGUCAACUUAGCUAGUUAGGUAAUUGAUAGCGUUUCGUUAUCUUUAUAAGUAAAAGGUCAGAAGUAUUAUGUUUAAACAUAGACAUAUGGACGCAGUUAUUUCAAAAAUUUGCAAACUAUGUUUCCUUUUGUUAUAGGAGUACAAUUUUGUUAACUUAGCUAGUUAGGUAAUUUAUAGCCUUUAACUCGUCAUGUUUAUUUUAUUUAUUAGCCCAGCAAAAUGUGUAUUCAUGCACUUAAAAAUGCAUUAAACGCUUGAAAAUACGUAUAAAGUUCGUCUCAAUUUGCUAUCAAGCGAUUUAUUUGUGUAGCUCAUUAUACAUGCAAAUUCCGAUGCUUACGUCAUUGUAUUUUCAUAUAGUAUAUUAUCCUAAGGCUGGCAACUCUUUUCCAAGAGGGUGGGUUUUAUCGAAAUUAUUUUUGCCGAUAGGCGGGAUGCAAAGUGCACGACAAACGUCAUCUUCGGAAAAAUCAUCGGCUUGUUGCUUAUUGGCUGCUGAAAAUCGGCAAACUCCCCGGAAUAUAAGAUACUGCAGUCAAUGAACUUCCUUCGGAAUUUGCCGAUUUUUAACAGCCAAUAACCAACAAGACGAUGAUUUUUCCGAUGAUGACAUUUGUCGUCCAUUUUACAUCCCGCCUAUAUCGACAAAAAUAAUUUCGAUAAAACCCACUUUUCAUCCAUGAAAUUCAAAUACUUCUAAACUUUUUUCAAGUCUAAAAAGUUAAAAAAAUAAAGUUAGAAAAAAUAUCCAAGGUGUUUUGUAUCAAUUUUUUUCAGAAAGUAGCGGUUUUUGUUGUUGUUUGAAGCGAACGUAAUAGUGUGUGUGUGAAUGAAUUUUCUGUGUUGGUGUUAUGUACUCAGGUGAAUAUAUGAUGUUUGUGAUGUUACUCUAUGUGUAUAUGCACAACGGGCAAGCUUGAAAAAUAUGCCUGACCACGGUGGAAAUCGAACCUACCACCUUUGGAAUACUAGCCCGCGUAACUCAGUGGGCAGGGCAUUGGGCUAUAGUAUUCCAAAGGUCGUAAGUUCGAUUCCCACCAACAUUGCCAGGUGUGGAUAUACACUCGGAGUAGCAUCACAAACAUCAUGUGUGUGUGAAUGUUUUUGUAAAAGAGUUCCCAGCCUUAGGAUAUUAGACUAAAUGAAAAUACAAUGACGUAAACAUCGGAAUUUGCAUUUAUAAUGAGUUACACAAAUAAAGCGCUUGAUAGCAAAUUGAGACGAACUUCAUUCGUAUUUUUAAGCGUUUAAGGCAAUUUUAAGUGCAUACACAUUUUGCUAGGCUGCCUAUGAGGUAACUAUACUCUUCAGAAAUUGAAGGCAAUAAAAUUUAAAGCUAGCUUUAGGUUAGGUCCUGUAUAGAAUUGUUUAUGCGUUUCAUCUAACACGGGCAAUCUCAACUGUUUUAGGGUAAAAUGACCAUGUCGGUCAACAUGGCAUAUAUGUGCCAAAACCUGAAUACGGGACAAAAGUCCUUUUUAUCUCCGAGUCUCGCAAGUAUCGUCCAAUUGUUGUCUUUUACACAACUUUACUGUAGAAUAGUCUCAAUGCAAAAAUUGAAAACAUUAGUUGCACUUAAAAAGAAAAAACCAAAAACACAUUUAGGAUCAGAACCAAAAACAAAAUUUUUAAAAAAAAUUUGAACGUCACGCGCAAUCUUCGCGAAAACUAGUUGUGUGCUACUCGACAAGGGGGGGGGGGGGCAAAACUUUUCAAAUAUUCACGAAACGUUUGUUCGUUUUUGGUGAUCAAAAUACGCAAAUAUUUAUGGUUUUUAUCAUAAAUUAUCAAGAUGUACAAAUUCGAAAAAAAAUUGAAUGUCUUCGUGUGCAUUAUUUUAACCAACUUUUUUGAGUGCCUGGUUUUAUGACAGUGUAGCCAGUAAAUUACAUGUUAUGUAUACAUAAAUAUGUACCAUUUUAUGCCAUGAAUUCUUGCGAAAGUUAAGAAAAUUGAUGCAUACGAUACUCAAAUUUAUGCUGAACGAAAUUAUUGGUUUGAAUUUUUUCAAAAGGCCGGUAUAAUCACCUGCUUGUGUGACCUUACGCCCGUAUCUAGUUCGUUUUGUCUUUUCUGUGUUUAAAAAGAUGACAUAUAUAGAAAUAUAUUCAAACUGAACUCAAAUUACGUUUUCCCUAGGUCGCAGUGAUUAUGCUAUCAAAAUAUUUUCCUGUAUCUUUUUAAUGUCUAUCAAAAUGUCUUUCAUGUUUUUGUUAUAAAUUGAAAUAUUGCUUUAUUAUAGAGGAAACCAUAAAUAUCAUGAGGCCGGUUGAUAUUGAUCGUCGACUAGUAAAGCUAAUCAGUAAAGAUACAUUUAAGAAUAAAGACAAGGAUGCUUAUUGGAAGGUAUCAUUUGAAGAAGGCGUAGUUUCAUCAGACGUUAAUGACGAUGCACUUCCAUAGCUUGGGAAUGUCGACCACGAUUUUUUUGGUCUUAAGCUAGAUCACACACAGUGGCGUUACGAUUUUGCUUUUGUUACUCCAUCAGGUAUAUUUAUUAGUAUAUUAUAAAGCCCAAUUGUUAUAACUAUCUGUGCUAAAAAAUACUCUUGUUGCUACGGAUUCUAUUUUGCUUAAUAUUAUACCUCAAAUUCAAAUUGUCCAAUCAGGAAGCUUAGUUUGUGCCACGUGAGCAUGGCAUUUAUUGCGAUAUCACGCCUUACGUCAUCAAUUAGCGAGCCUGCGUUCCUUUUGACAAUGUUCCACCUCGUGUUCCCCGGGGAACAUUGGGUGGAACAUUAUUCGCGUAGACCACUCGAGACAACACGCAUGACGACAACAUGGCCGAUAUAAUAUAAAUAGUAUUGAUGAGUGAUGAAUAAUUUGGUUAAAUGAUGUAAAGCCUGGGGCUUUUUCAAAAUUUUGAAGCAAAUUUUGAAAAAUGUUGUCAUUAUAAAUAUUCCAAACGAUAUGCGAUUCAAAAGAAAAGCGACGAUACUUGCAUUAAUCCGAAAAUAAAAUAUCGUAUUCACGAAGGUAUGUGUCAAGUUUUUAAUUCUCAACUUGGAGUCUUUUAAUUUUCGGUAUAAUAUAUCAUUUAUAUAGACACUCCGCUCGGGGGAUUCGGCGAAAUAUUACCCUCAGCCUUGAUAUUUCCCUCUGGGCAAAGCCCCUCGAGAAAUAUCAUCACAUCGGGUAAUAUUUCGCAGAACCCCUCUCGCUCCAGGUCUACAAAUGAGAAUAGUACACGGUAAUAUCAAACGGGGAUAUUUAUUACAUUUCUGUUUUGUGGGAAAUUACCUGCAUGUAACAGUUUUAGGGACCUUUUUUGCCACGAAUUUCUGCCCACAUUUUUUAUUUCAUUUGCACUUUUUGAACAUGAGGUUUGAACAUGAGGUUUUAUUUUAAGAAAAUGAAAGUAGAACUUUGGUUGUUUUCAGGUGCCUGACUUUUACAGUAGAAUAGACAUGAUGAAUGCACGUAAAAUUAUUCGAAAAAGUGCCAUCCGAUAUACGUCUGACCUGUCGAGGAAAUAGUCGCGAACAUUACGAAAAUGAGUCUUGAAGAACAAGGGCAGAUUUGGUGAUCGCCAGUCAGCGCAUUUGUUUAUAUUUUCGCUCUCAGCCAAUCAUAAUGCAAGAAACGCGAAAUUUACACCAAGGCGAACUAGAAAAUAUUGCCGUCUUGUCGGGCUUCCGUGACAUUCAAUUUUAUUUUUUUAAUUUAAAACCAAAAGAUUACGAUAAAGCAAAGUAAAAUCUAAAACUUUUCGGUGGGCAUUUUUAAAUUUCGACCUAGAACGGAAAAUAUCCAUGUUUGAAAUUUUUCCUUAUGUUGCGUAUACAAAUUUGAGUAAUCUAAUUUGACAGCAAUAAAACUGAAAAUAGGCACGCAGUACGUACAUGUUGCAAGCCAUUGGUCAGUCACAGCAGGUGCAUGAGGUUAACUAUAAACUUGUUAAAAGUGCUAGUGUUUGUUGGCAUAAUUUGUAUGCCCUUUUCACCUCUGUGACCCAAGAUUGUUACUGCAACAUUCAGGGUGUGGACUUUCUUAUCAUUAUUUUGGCCCGAAUGCACAAGGGCUCCCAAUUUGCCUCUACAAGAAACUGAUUAGUUUUAUUGGGUCCAUGGUACUACUCUAAAAUAGAGAGUGAUAGCGCAGGAUUCGCUAUGCGUCAAGUAGAAAAAUAAUAGUGGCAUAGCUAAUGUUGAAUGUUUGGGGCAAGCAUUGAGUGGCAAGGUCACAAAAAAUGUUGAAUUUCUAGAGCUCAGAAAUGCCAUUUUCCACAUUCUGAUACAAAUUUUUAAAAGUAAUUUCAAGGUCGUAAGAUACAGUUAUAGUGACCAAGGACACCGGAACUGGGGGGGGGUGUGCAGAAGGGGCUGCUGCCCCUGUUGCCUUUUGCUAGGAGGGGCAAGGGGCAGAAGUGCCCCUUGAGUUAUGAAAUACUACAUAAUAAAUCACAUAUCCAGUUAUGCUUUUUAGGCAAAAUCAUGAGGUGUGAUCUUGAAUGUGACCUGAAUAAGUGUGUUUGCUUUCAUUGGCAAGUCAACACAUAAUUGUAGGUUUAUAUCUUCAACGGGGUCUAUAGAGGUGCCCUUUGGUGUGCGUUGCCCCCCCCCCCCCUCCUUGACAUUUUAUCGUCCCGGCGUCCCUGAUUGCUACAUUGGAACAAGGCACAGUACACAUGAAAAUAUAUUUAGAUUUAUUGAUCAUAUUGAUUAUCAACUGAAACAUUUCAUAACAUUUUUUCACCUAUUGUCAUCAUCACACAUUUGCUAUCUAAAUUUAAACUAACUCCAUUUUUCUGGAAGCAAUAUUUACAAAUGUUUGUACAAGUUUUUCUAGAAUUAAUUACUAUUAAUUGGUUUCGACUCAUUGCUUACUUCACCUGAGAGUAGACGAUGGAACAAACUUGAAAUCCGCAUGCAUAAUAUUUCUGAGUGUGGAUUAAGUAUACAGACUGUACUACCACUUACUUGUAUCGACUUGGUAUUAAAUAGAAACAAAAUGUACAUACAGAUUUACAUUACAUUCGCUUGAUUGAUACAGCAAACAAAAGUGAACAUUCUUCAUGAUUUGUGGCGUAACAUUGUCCCACAAAUCAAGACCAAAAAGAGCAAAAAUUAAAACACGCGAAGUUGUCACUCCCUGUCGAAGCCAUUUUCAAAAUAAACAAUCGUCAUAUGGUCGGAAUCGUUCGGAAUGCAAUCGUAAGUGUCACGUGAAAAAUCCGGACAGGACAGGACAGGACAGACAGGACAGAAUUGAGUUAUAUGAUAAUUGCAAGCCAUUUAAUGGCUUGUAACAAAAAUUGCUAUAUUUUCUCUGCUUUUUGUUUUUGUUGGAAAACUCUUUUCCACUCUUGUUGAAAAUCGUUUUGGUCAAUGUGUUAUUUCAUAACCUAGAAGAUAACGCGUUUAGAGAGACUGAUUUUCUGCAAAACCGGUCGGACAAUAUUUUUGUAUUGAUUAAUUCCCGUAUGAUCGCGAGCAUGCGACUAUAUAUUUUUUAAAUCAGUCGCUAUAAACGCGUUAUCGUCUAGUUUUUGAAAUAAAACAUUGACCAAAACAAUUUGCAACAAGAGCGAAAAAAAGUUUUCCAACAAAAACUUAAGAGCAGAGAAAAUAUAGCAAUGUUUAGUAUACGCGUCAUAGGGAAAAAUUUCAAACAUGAAUAUUUUCGGAUCCGUUCUAGGUCGAAAUUUAGAAAUGCCAACGGCAAAGUUUUAUAUUUUUAUGUGCUUUAUCGUAAUCUUUUGGUUCUAAAUUAAAAAAGUUAAUAUUGAAUGUCACGGAAGACCUAGAAGCCGGCAAUAUUUUCUAGUUCGUCUUGAUGUAAAUUUCGCGUUUUCUGCAUUACGAUUGGCUGAGAGCGAAAACGUAAACAAAUGCGCUGAUUGGUCGAGAACCAAAUCUGCCCUUGUUGACUUGAAGCAGUCAUGCAGUUAAUAAUCAUUCUCGGAAAAAUUUACCAUAGUUACUUUUUUAUUUUAUAUUCAUUUAUUCCUGUUUCUAGACAGAAGCGUACGGGUAAAAGUAUGGGAAGGUUUACCUCCUGGUAGGGACGAACCUCCAGUUGAGGUAAAGAAUAUUUUAAGACAAGUUUCCCUCCAGGCAGAAGAAGGCAUAAAAGCUUGGAUUUGUUAUCCUUCCACAUCUUGUCUGAGAGGGGAAAUAAUGACACCGAAUUCAUCGUAUGAUUGCAGAAUCAAAUUGCGAGCAGGUAUGUUUAUUUAAGGAUAAAUGUUUACUAAAUGUGCAUGAGUUGAAAUUAUGUUCACUUAUUUACAUAAUUACUGGUGGACAGUUUAAAACGCCCGUGUCAAACGUCAAAAUGUUCACUUGCAGUGAAUGAACUUAGCUUUUCAAGUGCUGUAAGCUGCAGUAAAUUAACAAAUGAAUUAUUUUCCUUGCUCACGAGUCCAAGAAGUUAGUACGAAACGUCGGGAUACUGAGAAUUAUUUACCGACGAAUAGUUCCUUUAUCUCUUUCUUCGUUAAGUUAUAACAUCCUUACAAAACCUUUUUAUUAUAGCCUAGCGUAGCCAUUCUCUGAGGGGUCUGGCUGCAUUUUGAUACAACUUACACUUGUAAUUAUUUUUCACAACUCGUAUACAUACUCGUAUUUUGAUUUGAACAAUUUUUAGAUUCCAUAACCUCACUUUUUUACGCGAUAUUCAGGUUCACUUUUAAACAAGGAUUUUGUAUUUAUAUUUUAUUGCGUAGGCCUACAUAAUUUUGCCAAUACACGAUCGUAUUUAACACUAUAAUAUUCACGAGCCACAACUGAUUUAGGGACAUCAUAUCCUGAAUUACAUUGCAGAUAUGUAUUACACUCCGUAUAGUUCAUCAGCUAUAUAUGUCAAACCUCAAAUCUUACAAAAUUCCGACGUGUAAAAUUCUUAUAAAGUAUAGGAAACUUUCUCUUUUCAUAACGCAUUAUAUCUUACGGCUCAAGAAUAGCACGCCUGUUUGAAUAAAAUUUAAAUAUACACGCCUAUUUUAGUCGACUAAUAUAUAAAUUAAGUUCGGCUCAUGAAUGGUACGGCGUUUAAAUUGGGCCUUGCCAUUUUGUAAUUUUCUUCGAUAAAUUUCGGUAAUUUUUUGUCUAUAGGAUUCGUUUUAAUGUCUUAAAUUUCUUGAAGAACGGUCGUAGUUUCUUUGUCUUCCAAUUGUGUUCGACAGCAAGAACGUAUUUGUGCACAAAGUCAGUUGACUGAAAAUAAAGCUAGGUCUUCGUGCAAGCUCAAUAAAUAUUCAGGCCAUGACCAUUUGCUAGAGUGAUGGUUAUAGUUUUUGAUAAGUUUUAAUUAAUGUAUGAUUUUCAGACAAAUAAAAUUGUUGUGAUUUAUGCAGGUUACCGUUAUGCCACCGACAAAGAUAGCGUCAUUUGCAUGGAAGAAGACACAAUUCUCUCGGAUUAUCUUUACAACUGCAAAUUUAACAAGGCGUACCCUAGAAUGGAAUUGCCAGAUCCAAAUGAGCAUGUAAUGCCGGAAGGUUUUAAAUGUACCUUUUACCGCGAAUCGAACGAAAGAAUGUUUUCCGCUACCGUUGGCGAAGAGAGUUAUACUGUUAUUGUUUUGGACGAAAAGGGGUGGGACUCAGACACAUCAGCUAAAAGAGAUCAGAAACAGGUUUGUAUAAUUUCAACUUCAUAGUUAAUUUUAAUAAUUAAUGAUAAAGUGAUUUGAUUUUGGCAAACCAGGCACAUGGUUGUUGCAAUUCAGUUCCACAACGAUAUACGCAUUACAUUCAAAAUAUUAGUUAGCGUAAAAAUGUUUAUACUACUGUAUAUGUACUAUACAUGUUCAUUGCGUUUUGUUGAGUUCCAUAUAUAUACCGCUUCUAUUUUCCUAUAAUUAUGUAAUAUUCUGCAAGUACCGAUGAAGUUAUUACUUUUAAUUAAAUGAAACCGCCACUGAGGGAAUUAUAACAAGAUCCAGAGGCUAAACACGAAACCUACAAGCGCCAUUUGAUAUCAUUCGAUGUAUUAAUGUAUAUGCACUUGCUUAAGUGACAGUAUUCGGCGCGUAAGUAUGCUGUGAAUUUACACGUCUGCUUCGUAUUCUCAAAUAAUUUUUUUUUUGUUCACCUCACCCUGAUCCCAUUCUCUCAUUGGGAUUUUUGCUUACUGUAUUUCGGGCUGUUCUGUCACAUAUAAUGUGCUUGAAUCGUUAACAAUGUAUAGAUCAAAGUUAAUGAGGCAAUGCGUUCGCCGUCAUAAUCGGUUAUAAUUUCGUAUAAAGCCAACAGGUUUGCCAGCAGCCACCAAAUUAAAAAAAGCGAAUGUUUAAUCGAUCAAAGUUCAAAUAUUUCCAGCCACGUGCAAACCAAGUGAAAUGCUAAUCAACCAAUCAUAGGUUAACAUUGAACAUGUAAAUUUGCGCUACAGAAAUGCUAAUCGUAAUGGUAACAUGUAUAAAACAAAGGUCGAUUCAAACGGCUUUCACUUUGAUAAAUAUCCAAAUUGUACACCAUGUCAUGGUUAGAAAAUUCCCACCCACCCACCCGCAUGCUUUUACGUGUUGUGAGUGAUUGGUCUGAUGGAUAAUAUACGUAUUAAUAUGUAUCCAAGAAGGACAAACAAUUUCAUUGGGCAUUAUCACGACUUGAUUAGAACAUUAAUUAGAAUGGAAGUCCAACAUGGGGAACCACGACCCCCGAGGACAUUAAUUAGAAUGGAAGUCCAGUGCUUUUGUAAGUACCUAAAUACCUUUUAUGUUGAAAAUAAAUUUUGGUACGCGCUAGAAGUGAUCCCAAUGGUCAACUUUAGGCCAUAUAGAUUCAAGUUAUUUAUAUAAUCAGUCGAAUCGUACGGACUGUCCAUGGGGGAUACAAUCCCUGGUUCAGGUUAGGGGGGUCGCUACCCUUUUGCAACCAGAGUUUUAGAUUAUAAUGUUAUAAUUGGUUCAUUUCACCCUGAUUCUAUUCUCCCACAAUAAUUUAGUGUAUGUUCAAUUCAUUUUCUGGGUGUUUUUUUUUCCACAUAAAUCUGGCUUGUAUCAUUAAGUUAUGUUGACGGACAAAUACAAAGUUUAAAUAUAAUUUGAGAAACCACCAAAUAAAUGGUUCAUUCCCAGCUGCAAAAAUAAAAAUGUUUACUUACUUGUGACAACAUGUACCCAAGUUGAUAUGUUGGUCUUUUUGGAGUUUGAAGAAAAAUCUUCGUUCAAGGCAACAAAUUUAUUGUGUGACGUCAUUUCAAUAGCAUCAAGGAUAACUUACAGAAGGAGUUUGAUAGCCAUUGACUCCCAAUCGUGUAAAUAGUUACGAAGCUUUAAAUAGUUUUAUCCACGUCUUAAUCUUUUUAAAUUGAAAAAUUAUUGCUGCUGGAAGUGCUAGACCCAGGCCUAAAUUACAUCGCACAUGUUCAACUCAUGAGCUGGCGUCAUUCACUUCCCAAUUUCCAUUAUUAUAGACUCCUAACUCGCUUAACUCUUCUAGGGCCAAUUUUGACUUGAGUGAUGACUAAUGUCAAGUAUAUUAUAUAUACAUGCAUUGCAACGAUCAUAAUUGAGAUCAUUGAUUUUAUUGGUACCAUGUACUAUGUCGAACCUUGAAAUGUGAACCUUGGCAUUAAUCCAAAUACUGGCUGAAGUCACGCAGUCUAUGUCCUCAGUAAUUAACCCUCAAAUUUCCCACUUCUUUUCUCCUUGGCAAGGAAUUCUGCCUUGAGAUAUAUUCAGCUUCGGACGCUAAUUUAUCCUCGGUAUGCAUGGGCACUGGCUACUACAUUUUACUUGCGUUUCCAAAUCAAAGAAUACAGUAUAAUAUAUUUAUUUAGCAAACACAUUUUGUCCUCUUCGUUAUCGCUACCUAUAUGUUCUCAGCAUUUGUGAUUACACACAGUAGCGUAGCCAGCCCGACGAUUUAGUACCGUUAUGCAAAUAUUUUCGUGUUCAUUGACUGUGAAAACAAUUUCUAAAGAAAUGAAUAAUGAUAAUGAUUUGGAAUUUGCAUAGCGGGACUAAAUUGCCGGGCUGGCUACCCUACUGAUUGCACACAGGAUCUUGCAAACCCAUAGAUAUUAUAUUUUAAAUGAUCAAAAUAACAAAACAAUGUAGUGACAUUUGACUAAUCAUCUGCUUGUUUUGAAUGCACAAGCUAGGCAAUUUAGGCCCGUUUUCUACGUCGAAUUUUGGUCGCGUGACUCCCGUCGAAUGCAAUUAAGACACUAGCUAAUGACAUGAUAAACCUCAUUAAGCCUCAUUAUGAUCUAUUGUCAGUGGCGGAAAUUUUGGUGGGGCAGGGGGGGUGGCGGCCGCCCCCUCCCCACCUUCACGGAAAAUUGACGAAUUUUCGGAAAUUUUGACCGAAAAGAGGGCUAAAAACAGUCUUUUCGAGUGCAAAAGGGGGGGGGGGUAUGUCGGAAAUUUGAGAGUUUUAUCGGAAAUUUAGGAUGCUUUGCCCCCCACCGGAAAAAGUGAAUUUCCGCCACUGUCUACUUUUGAAUUGCAUUCGACGCGACCGAAAUUCGACGUAUAAAACCGACCUAAGUCGACAGGUGAAAUAGAAAUCGCAUACAUGCAGUACGCCUGUAAAAUAUUGCAUUAAAUUUAGAACCAGAGCAUAUUGUAAAAGUAGAUUGAUUAAGAAACCAAUUUGAAUUGGUUGUCUCAGCUUGACUUAUUUGAUCAAUAUUUUAUUGGUUAAAACAACCAAAAAGGGUUAUUUUAACAAUUUGUUCGGUUAUGUUGACAAAAUACUUGCAAAUUUGGCAGGCAGAAACUCUGCGUCUCAGUAUUUUAUCAUUUGAAUGCACACGUCAUUAGUUCGCAAUACUUCAAUCUACUUAAAGCGGGUUUUCGUUAGGCGGAAAUAUGGUCGCGGAGCGGAAUUUUUCUUUGUCUUGUGAUUCCUCACGUGUAACUAAUUAGAAAAGACAAAGAAAAAUUCCGCUCCACGCGCAAAAUUCCGCCUAUAAUAAAAACCGGCUUAAAGCCUGUUUUCCACUAGCGAAUUUAAAGCGAAUUUUCUAUUGUUUAAAUUGAAAAGAAUUGAUUAAAAAUAUAAUUAGUUUCAGUCGAGAGCUCAUAAUACAAAAGAUUCGCGCGAACAAAUUCGCUAGUGGAAAACAGACUUUAGCCAUCACAAGAUCCGUAAAGUAUUACUAAGAUAGAUAAACGUAAGUGUUUUUCACGUACUUGCUUAUUCGUACCUAAUUUUGCGAUUUUGAUACGCGUAAAUACUAAAUAGAAAAAUUAGCAUUGAAUUUCGCGAAAGCUUUUGAAACCACAUUUUAUUUUCUAUAAAAAUCUGAGCUACAAUUUUCGAAACAAGUCAACAUAAGGUACUUUAUGUGGAUAUACGGCCUGUAAUUGUUGUUCAUAUUUAUCAACAAUUUUAUGAUACAAAUUUUUGACAAGGGUAUUUAAUUUCGCAAUAAAUCGCGAAAACAGCGAAUUAUAAAUUAAAGUCGUGCGAAAUUAAGUACGAAUAAGGGCUUCUGGUACUUUAUUUGAAUAAGAAAAUGAGAUUUCUUUGUUUUAGUUUGGUAUAAGGGUUGUAAAGGACUCGUGGUCUGAGGCCCUACUUUCACCUGAACGAUACUGGACGCCAGAGGAAAUACUUGACCAGCUGAAGGACUAUCUGGAGUUUUUGUCUUUUUUUAAAGACUGCUUUCUCGAUGCCGAAGGCUAG